AUGAAAGAUUUGUGGAAGGUUGCAUUUCCAGUGGGAACUGAGUGGAACCAAUUAGAUGCAAUUUAUGAAUUCAAUUGGGAUUUCAAAAAUCUUGAAGAAGCAUUGGAAGAAGGAGGAAUGCUAUAUGGGAAGAAAGUAUUUGUUUUUGGCUCUGCAGAACCUCAGUUAGUUCUCUACGAAGGUGUAAACAGGAUUGUCCAUGUCCCAACAGUUAUUGCUAUUGAAUCACCGUUUCCGCCUUCUGAUAAGGUAGCAAUCACGUCGAUUCAAAGUGCAACGGAGGAAAUCAUUCCAAUGAAACAGAUGAAAAUGGAGUGGGUUCCUUACAUUCCGUUCGAAGAAAGAGAUAGACAAGCUGAUAGGAUGAACUAUCGAAUUUUUAGCUUGGUCUGUAAGCAGAGGAGAUCUGCUCUGAGACAUUUGACGGAAGAUCGUGUUAGGAUGUUCCAAUAUUGCAUUCCUUCAUUCACCAGACAUCUCAGGAGUCAAGCAGUCGCCGUUCAUUAA